AUGCACCAGGGGUCAGACUUUUUGAUGAUGAUCUCAAACGGGCGCUUGAUCUUUGGCGCCUUUGCCUCGGGUCUCGCCAUCAAUCGCUAUGGUCGUCAACGUGUGAUCCUGGUAGCAUUUCUCUUGUCCGUUGCCGGUGCAUUUCUGCAGUACUUUGCCAAGGACCUUGCCAUGUUCUUUGGUGGGAAAAUUCUGACUGGUAUCCCGAUGGGUGCCUUCACAACCGCUGCGCCCCCAUAUGCCUCGGAAAUGGCUCCUCUCGUCAUUCGCGGUUCGGUCUCUGCCGGAAUGAACUUUUCCAUCGUCCUCGGACAGUUGCUCGGCUAUGCCGUCAUGCGCGAAUCGACCAGCACCUACACCGACGACCGAACUUACAAGGUCAUGUUCGCGACGCAAUGGGGCUUCGCAGCCGUCGCCCUCAUUUUCCUGCCCUUUUUUCCCGAGUCCCCAUACUGGCUGGUUGCACAUGGACGGGAGGACAAGGCGCGGCACAAUCUGGCCAAGCUACACGACUCUUCGUACGACUUGGAUGGGCACUUGGCCGAGAUCCACGACUCCCUAGGACGACAGAACCAGGACAACGAAGCUCAAGGCUCUUUUGCCGAAUGUUUCAAUAGUGACAACUGGAAGCGAACUCUAGUAGCGGCUGGCAUGUUCUUCAUCCAGAAUGCCUCGGGCCCUGCGUGGGUUGUUGGCUACAUGAGCUAUUACUUUCAGUUGGCAGGGAUGGCUGCGGACGUGUCUUUCGAUACCACGGUUGGCCUCGCUGGCGUGAUGGUCGUUGGCAAUAUUGUUGGUUGGUUCUUUGUCGACUAUUUCGGACGUCGAGGAACAGCACUCUACGGUUCCAUCAUCCUGUCGGUGACGCUGUUCCUUAUCGCAAUCCUAUCUCUGAUCAAGGCAUCGGGUGCAAUCUGGGCCCAGGUGGUAUUCAUGGCCGUUUGGUCGUUCUGUUACCAGGCAACUCUCGGUGCCGUCGCUUGGCCCAUCACGGCCGAGGCGGCCACAACCAGGCUCCGUGCUCCCACGCAAGCCAUCGCCACCAUGGUGAAUGGCUUGAGCGGUUGCAUCUGGUCCUUCAGCCUGCCCUACGCUAUCAACCCUGACGAAGGCAAUCUCGGAGGUAAGAUUGCCUUCAUCUUUGGCGGCACUCUUGCAGCGUGUUGCAUCUUCAUCUUCUUCAUGGUUCCCGAGACCAAGAACCGAACCUACAUUGAAAUCGAUGAGCUUUGGAGCCGGAACAUUCCUGCAAGGAAGUUCAAGACGACCAGCCUAAUUACGGUGACCAAUGACAAGGCGGAAGAAGCCGGGAACACCGAGGUUGAGCACGUUCACUAA